CUGCUCCGAGCAGAGGCAGCCCCGCCUGCAGUGACUCAAAGAAAAUGAACAUAUGGCAAUAAAGAGAAAAAGAAGGAACCAACUGGAAAUCAGUAACAACCAGUAGGUCCUUGAUAAUGAGGUCAGACUGCUCUUUCUCCAACACUCCAACACAAAAGGUUAAAAGAAGCAGAAGCAGAGUUUCAGCUCAUUAGGAGGGACUGAAUGUUCAGAUUCAGAUUCACACAAUGUCUUACUUGAGUAUUAUACAGUACAAUUAGGGAAUGAUAAAUCUUAUUCAUAUUUAAAAAUUGUUUUCAUGCGAUUUAAUUUCUUUCCUGUUGUUUAAAUACUGUGUGUUUGAUGCCUCAGCUUCUUUAAAGUGUUGUUUUAUGAACCAGGAAGAUGAUGAUAAACACUACACAGGUUUCAUAUUUCACACUAAGUGCCUACUUUGACACUGGGGUUUUCAAAUAUUUAUAUUUUGUGAUUAUUAUGUCUUUGUAUAUAUUAAUUAUCAGUGCCAAUCUUUUGCUCAUUGUGAUUAUCUGUAUGAACAGAAGCUUACAUGAACCUAUGUACAUAUUUCUGUGCAGCCUGUUUGUAAAUGAACUGUAUGGUAGUACAGGGUUGUUUCCAAUGCUUCUGGUUCAGAUUCUCUCUGACAUUCACACUGUUUCUGUUCCCUUUUGUUUCCUGCAGAUUUUCUCUGUGUAUUCCUAUGGAAGUGUAGAAUUUUUAAAUUUAGCCAUCAUGUCUUAUGACAGAUAUCUUGCUAUCUGUUAUCCUCUACAAUAUAACACACGUAUGACAUCUGCAAAGGUUGCCAUCCUUAUUGGUGUAACAUGGUUAUUCCCUUUUCUUACUAUUGUUAUUUUGGUAUCUUUGAGUGCACCUUUACAGCUGUGUGGGAACAUCAUUGACAAAGUUUACUGUGGAAACUACUCUGUUGUUAAACUGGCAUGUUCUGACACCAGACUUCAUAACAUUUAUGGACUCAUUUGCACUGUUAUCUCAAUCAUUAUUCCUCUAACUUUAAUUCUUUACACUUACAUGAAGAUUCUCAAGGUUUGUUUUUCUGGUUCCAAACAGACUAGACAAAAAGCUGUCAGUACUUGCACACCUCACCUUGCUUCUCUGCUUAACUUUUCUUUUGGUUGUUGUUUUCAAAUAUUACAGAGCAGAUUUGAUAUGAGCAGUGUACCCAAUAUGUUGGACAUUUUAUUAUCAUUGUACUUUCUCACAUGCCAGCCUCUCUUUACCCCAGUACUAUAUGGACUGAAAAUGUCCAAAAUCCGUAACGUAUGUAAACGUUUGUUGUGUGAAGUGUAGGUCAUCUCAUAGAUUAGUUUAGUUUUACAUACAUAAAUAAGCAAUAAAUAAAUCACUCUUCUUACUGCACCAGUGUCAACCAAAUGAUGUCUCUAGUUUAAUUUUUGAGUGGAAAGGAAGAAAAUGAAACAUCCAAGUUGUACAAGACGAGUUUGGGUUAAUUUUGGUCUCCAAAACAAAUUAUGCAAAUAUGUAUCUCUUUGCACUUUGUGACAGGUGAUAUUGUUGCUUUUGUCAUUUUGCUGCUAUAUUUAUUUUACUUGAUGAGAGAGACAUGGUCUAUUGUGUGUUUUUUUUGUUUCAAAGUGUCUUACAAUAAGUACGGUCAACUUCCACAGGGGUUUGCUAGAUACAAACAGUGAAGAGCGCAUUAUAAGUGCUAAGAUUUUCUUCAUUUUAUUUUGAUGUAAGUAAUUGU